GAUUAAAGAUUAGUUGGUUUCCUUGUUUUUGUUUUUUCAAAUUUUUUAACUGGUAAUUUUUUAAGAAAAUUAAUUGUUUAUUGUUUUGCUUGAAUAACGCCUUAUCUUCUUCACAAAAAUGCCUCUCUUUAUCAAUGGAGCUAUUAUGGAUAAAUUACAUUCGGACACUCGAGCUUUUUUGGAUGCGUACCCAUCAUUGAAGGAAUAUUCUAGACGAUUACUACCCCUUCCUCAUAAAACUGUCAGUCCUAUUGGAUCUUUGUGUGUGAUACAACGUGAAUUCGCAAUUGUUGCUCCAAAUGAUCCAAGCAUCAAUAUUGUUGGAACACCAGAUGCAACUACAUGUAGUAUCGUGGUACUUCGUCAUUCAGGAACAGGUGUUGUUGCAUUGGGUCAUUUUGAUGGCUCAGACACGGAAAGAGGAAUUCAAGAAAUGAUUCACAAAGUUCAAGAAUAUUCAUCAUCAGUGAAUGGUGAAAUAGAACUGCAUAUGGUUGGAGGAUUUAACGACUCAAAAGGAUAUUCAACUGAGCUUUGUCUGUCUAUUUUAUAUUGUUUCAAUCGGCAGCCAGUAAAUAUCCAUCUUAUAACAGCAUGUAUUUGUGAACUGAACACUUUUGUAAGAAGCAACGUUAACCUACCAGUUAUUCAUGGCUUAGCUGUUAACGUUAAAUCUGGUGACAUAUUUCCAGCAAACUUUGCUGAUAAAGGUCCCGACUUAGCAUUAAGAUCCAGUCGUUUAUUGUCCCCUGGAUCUCCUGAAAUGUUAAAUGUCUAUGAAAGCUAUUAUGGUGUCCUGAAAAUUGGACCUUUCUGCUAUCAACCAGUAAGAUGUAUUGAUGACUGGAUAAAAUUUGAUGAUGAUAUAAUUCUCAAGUGUCUUUCAACUUCCCCUGAAGCUGAGAGUCCAGAUUAUGUUCGUGAAACUAGACAAGCUCUCCAGUUCAUUAAAAAGCAUCCAUUCCCCAGUAUAACUGUUUUUUCAAAUGGAUCUCGUUUUUAUCGUAAAGAUGAAUAUGGCCAGUGGACCAACUCUGCAUAAUCACACAAAGUAUCUCCUUUCUUUGCCAUAAAAAGAAAAAUUUGGUGAAUCAAUCCAAAUUAUUGUCACUUUUUGCACACGUUAAUAAUCUCACACUCUCUUAAUGAGAAAUUAAUGAAAAGCUUACACCGAAUUGUGCCAUGAUGGAUAAUCUAUUGAUUUUCACUCAUAAAAAUCUAAUAGUUAAAUCUCAAAAUCAGCAACUAAAAAAAUCUUCAGCAAAGCAAUCUUCAAAAAAUCUAAUCAAACAAUACUCGUAUUAAGCUACUAAGUUUGAAUUAGAAACUCGGGGAACCAAAUUUGUGUCAUGACAAACUAUCAUCUUUAUGACCAACUUCCCAUUUUCAAUUUUGUUCCUGAUUAAUUUAUUUACUCCUCAUUUAAUAUUAACAGUCGCAAUCUCAAUCAAAACCAUUGAACUUGACAUUAUUGUGCCUUUAAGCUACCUGACAAAUUGCCUUUUUUAGUAUGCAAUAUUUCUUAUGUCUUUGCUUUGUAUUUAUAUUAAUUUUAUCUUAAAACAAUUGAUGUAACUGAGCUAAUAACAAAUCAUCUUUUGUUCCCGUCGACAAUAGUGCACCAUCAUGUUGAUUAUAAGCAUGUAAAAAUUUGAUUCACCUUAGAUAAUAAGUGAUUUAUUUUUAUCAUACUAUUAAACCAUUAGAUUUAAUACAAUAAAA